GUUUAAUUAAUGAACCGUGGCGUUUCCGAGGAGCCACUGAAGGCAACAUGAGAGCGCGCGGCUCUGUGGUGCCAAAGUGCCCACAGCUCCCCUUGAGAAAAGUGAAAGCCAACGCCCCACUGUAGGCUCUGUAGCUCUUCCCCCCACACUCUGAGAAGGCUGAGUUUCCAUUGAACUGCUGCGACCGGGAGCUGAGUGAAGACGGAGGAUUUUUAUCGGGAAAGUUGAUUCAUCUGACAGGAAAAAAAAAUAACUGAAAAGCUCGAGCGCAGCCGGAGCGGGGGAAGUCAAAGCAGGCGACAGGUCUGCCCAGAGGAGCACGAGACAAGUUUGUUUAUUCAAACGCUUUUUGUCCGGACUUGGCGAUAAGACUCCAACAAGCUCUCAGUGUUUUAUAGUUUAGUUGUUACAGAAUGGCUGAUACAACUUCGUCCGGCCCUAGUCCCCUGGAGAGGAUGAAAAGUUAUGUGAAGACCCAGAAGGGGUUUAUCCUCGCAGCAGAAAUCAUCCUCAGUUUCAUUAUUCUAAUCUGCUAUGCUGCAUCCGUGUACGGUGGCUACACCGCCGUCGCCAUCUGUGAGAUGGUCUUCACAAUUAUCUUCUUUGUCGUCUUCAUGAUGGAGCUGGACAAGCAAUUCACAGUUGUCAGCUGGAUCUGGAGUGAUCUUAUCCGAGCAUGUGUUGGCGCUUUGGUCUACAUCAUCACAUCUCUGAUCUGUGUGAUUGGAGGAUCUGGAGAUGGCGCUCGUAUCGCAGGCGGGGUAUUUGGUUUGAUUGCCGGUAUCCUGUUUGCCUACGACGCCUACACUGUUUAUCUGCAGCUCAAGAGCUCCAGGCAGCACCAACCAACUUCCACUGAUGACAGAGUCUAAACACUCCAGGAUACUUGUGCCUCUGUCGUGUUUGCAGCAGAAGAACAAAAACGGGAAGAUUUUUGCAGGUGUUACCAGAAGAUGAACCAGACAGGACGAAGGAUAGUAAAAUGAACAUGUCACAGUUUAAUCGAAGCCACUGUCAACUGGCAAGAGAUCAUUUUUAAGGCAUUGCCUGACAGGAAGAUGACAUAUCUAACGAUGCAUUGAGGCAUGAAUGAUAAAGCAAGUGGUGCUGUACAUCUGUGUCUGUGUAUCAGACCAAAUUGUGUCGACUAUGUGAGGAAAUCCCCUCAAAAAGCUUUGAUACCUUAACUUUAUUAAACUUCAAUGUACCACUGAUGUUCAAUGUUUAGUCUAAUUCAGAAGGGAAGAUGUAAAUAACAGGCAAGUUUAUUAGUGUCAUCAAUCAGUUUGCAGUUUUGCAGUAAGUGAACUGUUGUAGUAACUGUCAUUUGGACUUGAAUGGGUGUUUUUUAACAUUAUAAUUACACUGUUAUUGAUGUUACUUUCUCUUCAGUGGUUUCUCUUUUAGCUGUUUUAGCUUGCCAAACAAUUAUCUCUCUCGUAUUCAUAAACAGUGCUGUGAGGUUUCAUCCAUAUAAACCACCACUUGAUAACGUGUCCUUACAGUUAAUCUGAGUCUAGUCACAAGUUUUAUUUCUGUAUCAUUUUGAGCCUUAGACAUCCAUUUAAAAUCUGUCUCUGUUAAUAUGGUUAUGAAUUUCAACCAUACUGUCAUCCCUCUGUAUUUUGUUUUGGAUUUAUUCUGGUUUUUGCUCAGGUCUUAUAUUUUUAACACAUUUUUUGUACAUCACCUAAUAUAGUCCACAUUCUCCUGUAAAAGCUUUUAAUAUGGAAUAUGAAGGAAAAUGAUUUAAACAAAAGUGACAUGGUUGGAGUUUUAUAAAAUGAAUACCACAACUUUAAAAAAAUUGUUAUCCAGUCUGGUGGUGUGUUCAAAUGAAAUGUUGCCUUCUUUUCUAACAUGCUUUACAAAAGUCUGCAGUUUCUAAUUUCAACAUUCAAGGUCAUGUUGCUUUGGGAAAUAAAAGCCAUUGUUACUACA